AAUAAAAAAAACAAAAUAUAGUACUAAUCUGCUGCGCGCAUUCUGCAAGUCCUCCUAUGUAUCGAAGCUGAAUCAGAAUCUCAUCACUGCAUCAAUCCACUCCCGGAUUUGAAUUAAGAUCUGAUUCUUGUUAUUCAAGAAGUAGCUAUCCCUGAUUAUUAUGAAUAUAUGCGAUCAGUAGAAAUGUCUGAAAUUAACGACUCGGAGGAUUCUGGAGCUCCUACUCAAUCUUCGAUUAAUCGGGAUAUGGAAUCUAUUAAUAUAUCUCAGGCUGAUGGCAAAGAAGAUAUGUUUAUGGAUGCUUCAGAUGAGUUGAAUAACGAUAAUAAGGAAGCUGUAACGCCAACUGCACGGGAAAAUGAUGCCAUUUUAGAUGAAAAACUGAAUGGGGUAGCUAAACAGUCUGAUGAAAUCGAUAAUGGUGAAUACAAUAAUGAAGAUGAUGAUAACAAUCACUUUGUUCAAGAAAUGGAACGCAUGCGCGCUUUGCUGGAGCAAGCUGUUGAAGAAAAAGAGGGACUCCAAACCAAAUACAAGGAAGAGAUGGAGACACUCUCAAGGGAGAUUUAUAUGAAGGAUAAAGAGAUUGAAGGGCUGAAUGCCAAACUUAUGAGUUCAGAACCUGAAGCAGAAACAGGUAAGGAGGUUAAGAGCCAGCAAUAUGAGGAUGCACUGGAGAGGAUUUUGGCUGCUCUUGGGUCGGUUAUAGAUCAAGGAGAUUUGUUGGGUGAUUCUGGUGGAGAGCAGGUUGACCUUGUUGAGAAAAGCACAUUGGCGUUAAUUGAUAGGUAUAACCAUUUUCUUUCUGAAGUUAAUCAACUUAGGCUGUGUUUGACAAAGGCUGAGUCUGAUUUUGAUGUGCAUGAGUUUGGGACCGUACUUGUUGCUGCCCGUGAUGAGUUAUUUGAGUUGAGGGGGAAGGAAGCACAGCUGGUUGAAAACAUAGUGGCUCUAGAAGAUCAAAAUAGGAAAUUUCUUGAGCAAGUUGAAAGUGAGAAAGCAAUGGUGGAGAUUCUAAAAUCCGAGCUUGAAAAAACAAAGACAGAGGUUGAGCAGGAAAAGAUGAGGUGUGCUAAUACCAAGGAAAAGCUGAGUAUGGCUGUGUCAAAAGGGAAGGGAUUGGUUCAGCAACGAGACGCUCUCAAGAAAUCUCUUGCUGAUAAAACUAGUGAGCUUGAGAAAUGCCUAGCCGAAUUACAUGAGAGGUCCAAUGCUCUAGAAGCUGCUGAAUCACACAAGGAAGAGUUGGUGAAAAGUGAAGGUUUGGUUGUGUCAUUGCAAGAAUCACUCUCGGAAAAGACCUUGAUUAUUGAGACAUUUGAACACAUCCUAUCCCAGACUGAUGUACCUGAAGAACUCCAAUCAGUGGAUAUUGUUGGAAGAGCUAGAUGGCUCGCUAAUGAAAUAAAUGAACUGAAGAGAGCUUCAUUGGACUACUACAGAUUGAAAGACGCAUUUUCUGCAAUUGAUUUACCUGAAAAUGCCACCUUUUCUGAUUUAGAUUCUCGUUUGGCUUGGCUCAAGGAAUCCUUUUAUCAGGCUAAAGAUGACAUAAAUAUGUUGCAAACUGAAAUUUCCAGAACAAAGGAAGCUGCCUGUUAUGAGAUAGAUCAUUUGACUGCUUCACUUUCGACUGUACAACAAGAGAAGCAUUACAUCAAGGAAGAGAUAGAUACUCUUAGAAAGGAAUAUGAGGAAAUUGUAGGAAAGGCACAUCAGAUAUCAUUGGACAAGGAUCAUCUAAGUGCUUCAUUUACAACCGAACUAGCAGAGAAAGAUUAUAUUAAAACGGAGUUGGACAACCUCUCAACUGAAUAUGAAAAAGUAGUUGAGAAGGUCCAUCAACUUUCAUCAGAGAAAGAUCAGAUGAUCCAGAUGAUGGUAGAGGCUUAUGGAGUGACAAUGGAGGAUCAAGAAAGGAUUGAAGAAGCUUCUUAUCUUCCCAUGCUAAUAGAUAGGUGUUUUGGGAAGAUGAAAGAACAAACUAGUGUAUCUUUAGGGACUACUUUUGUAGAAGCAGAGCUAUUUGAAAAACUUCAAAGUCUGUUCUAUGUUAGGGAUCUGGAGUUGACACUUUGUGAGGAAAUACUAGAAGAAGAUACGCUGGUGAGGUCACUGCUAAAUGAUCUGUCAAAUCAGUUCAGAGUAUCUUCUCAGGAACUUUUUGCACUGAAGGAGGAGAAAGAUGUUCUGCAAAAGGAUCUUGAACGGUCAGAGGAGAAAUCUGGUCUGCUGAGGGAGAAAUUAUCAAUGGCAGUUAAGAAGGGAAAGGGCUUAGUUCAAGAUCGGGAAAACUUGAAACUUCUUAUCGAAGAAAAGAAGUCAGAAAUUGAGAAGCUGAGGCUUGAGUUACAGCAUGAAGUAUCUACAGUUGCUAACUGCAGGGAUCAGAUCAGCUGUUUGUCUACUGAUUUGGAGCGCAUCCCGAAGUUGGAGAGUGACCUUGCAGCUAUGAUUGAGGGAAAGGAUCAACUUGAGAAGUUCUUAUUUGAGAGCAAUAGCAUAUUGCAGAGAGUAUUUGAAUCGAUUGAUCGUGUUGUCAUUCCAGUUGGUUCCACAUUUCAAGAGCCUGUGGAGAAGCUGAACUUUCUUGCUGGGUAUAUUGAAGAUUGUCUGACUGCCAAGACACAGACUGAACAAGACUUGAGGGAAGUAAAGGAAGAGGCUAAUAACCUGACUAUCAAGUUAGCAGAGGCUGAAGCAACUAUAAAGUCGCUGGAAGAAGCAUUGGCUGUUGCCAAGAACGAUUUGUCUCAACUCGUUGAAGAGAAGAGGGACAUGGAAUUUGGCAAAACGAAUAUAGAAAUAGAAUUGCAGAAAGCAGUUGAAGAAACUCAUUCACAAACUAACAAGUUUGCUGAGAUUUGUGAGGCUAGAAAGUCACUUGAAGAGGCAUUGUCACUGGCAGAAAAUAAAAUUUCACUUCUUAUCCGUGAGAAAGAGGAGGUUCAAGGUAGCAUAGCUGAUUCAGAGACGACAAUGGAGAAACUGAGAGAGGAAGGUGCUAUUCAAGCUAGCAGACUCUCUGAGGCAUAUAACACUAUAAAGUCACUUGAAAGUGAACUUUCUCAGGCGGAGACGACUGUCGCUUCAUUAACUGAACAAAGUAACAAUUCACAACUGGAAAUGACCAACUUGGAUAAUGAGCUAAAGAAACUAAAAGAUGAAACCGAGAUCCAGGCUAGGGAGCUAGCUGAUGCUAGGAUAACCAUAAGAUCACUUGAAGAUGCAUUGUUUAAGGCAGAAAAAGACUUUUCUGCACUUCAAAGUGAAAAAAUAAUUGCUGAUCGGGAGUUAUCAACUCUUAAUUCCAAACUGACUGCAUGCACGGAAGAGUUGGCUGGAAGCAGAGAGAGCUCAGCUAGCAGAUCCAUAGAGUUGAGUGGUCAUCUCAAUAAUCUCCAAAUACUAGCCAAAGACCAAAGUUUGUUGUCUACUAUGAAACAAUGCUUUGACAGGAACUUGCAGCACCUGAAAGAUGUGGAUCUUACCCUUAAAAACACAAGUGAAAUGCUGCAAGGUUACCCACUCAUGGAGGAUAUUGCUCAUCUGGCAGGAUGUUUCACUGAUGCUAUUGAUAAUAAUAUGAACAUUGGAGUGGGGAAUGGUGAAGAAAAUGCAAUAAAUGCUGAUGAUGUUCCUUCGUGCAUUUUAAGGGUUUCAGAAGGGAUCCAAUUACGAAAUAAAAUCCUUGCAGAUAAGUUUGAAGUUUUUUCAAGCUUGCUAGACGAGUUAAUAGCAGCCCUGUUAAAAAAAUUACAUGCCACAAAGGAUGGGGUAAAAAACAUGGUCGAGAAUAUGGAAUCCUUGAAACAAAAUGUCAAAAACUUGGAAAUGCGUGAACAAGAAAAGAAGGCUAUGGCUAUGUUACAGAAUGAUGUUGAAAUUCUAUUCUUUGCUUGUAAAGAUGCAAUUGGAGAUCUGGACCUUGAAGUUAAGAGCAUUAUUACAGAACUUAGCUCUCUUCCUGGGCUUGAAAACUUGAACCAUCGUUUGCACCUAGAAGAAGAAUUUAUUGGACAAGACAUGGCUCAGCAAGAAAUUGGUGGUAAUAGAUAUGUUCAAACAGCUGAGAAAUUGUUGACUGCUACUAGAAAAGUUCAAAGUUUGGUGAAGUUUUUCGAAACCACAAGUAAAGAAGUGGUCUCAGUUGUUCAUGUUUUGCAGAAAGAAUUGGAAGAUACCAGAAGAGCAUCUGAGAAAGCUAUUGAAGAAAGAGGCGUAUAUCAAAGUAGGGUUUUCAAGUUGGAGAGUGAUGUGGAAGCAUUGGAAGAUUCGUGCAGAGAAGUGAGGCUUAAGGUAGAUGAUUAUCAAGCAAAAGAGGCCAUAUGGAAAGAAAAAGAGGCAGAACUUUUGUCAUUGUACGAUAAUUUGUUGAUGAAAGAAAAAGAAGCUGAGGAGCCGCUCCUGUCAGCAUCUCAGUUGAGAACUUUAUUGGACAAGCUAAGUGCAAUUGAAAUUCCUCUUGUAGAGUCUGAAGACCUGGAGACCCAUAGCUCAACUGAUGUUCAGAAACUGUUUUCUGUUAUUGACAGUUUCACUGAAUUGCAGAAUCAAAUAAAUUUACUUUCGUAUGAGAAGGAAGAAUUACAGUCUACACUUUCACAACAGAGUUUUGAAAUCGAGCAUCUUAAAGAAGAAAUUGAGACAUGUGCUAGAAAUAAGACAGAAUUGGAAGUGAUGAAAAUGGAGCUUUCCGGGGCUACAUUUGAUUUGGAAAAGAUCGUUGUUGGGUUGGGAGGUAAAGAGUUUAUUGGAGGCCAAACUUCUGUUGGUAUGAGGGCAAUUUUGCCUGUUUUAGAAAAGCAGGUGAAUGCUCUGUUAUUAGAGGCUGAAAGUUCAAAAUCCAGAGCACAGGAACUAGGUACCAAGUUGCUUGGCAGCCAAAAUGCCGUGGAUGAACUGUCUACUAAGGUUAAGUUACUUGAAGGUUCUCUUCAGGGUAGGAAUGUUCAGCCUGAGAUUGUCCAGGAAAGGAGCAUCUUUGAAGCACCUUCUGCAUCCACAGGGUCAGAAAUAUCCGAAAUUGAAGACGUGGGGUCACUUGGAAAGAAAACAAUAUCUCCUGUUCCUUCAGCUGCUCACGUGCGAAUUAUACGAAAAGGAUCAGCUGACCAUCUUGCACUGAAUAUUGACUCAGAAUCUGAUCGCCUGAUCAACGGCGAGGAAACUGAUGAGGAAAAAGAUCGUUUGUUCAAGUCUCUCAACACAACUGGCCUUAUACCAAAACAAGGAAAGUUGAUUGCAGAUCGAGUUGAUGGAAUAUGGGUAUCUGGCAGCCGAGUUCUAAGCAGUCGUCCGAGAGCAAGGCUUGGCUUCAUUGCCUAUUGUCUUCUCCUGCAUAUAUGGCUACUGGGGACCAUCGUGUAGCGAAGUUUGUGGUCAUCAAUUCUCUGGAACGACGACAUACAUAAAAAUAUUGUAAUAAAUUCUUUCCCCGUAUUUUUCAUUUUAGUUUUAUAUCGUCUAACUCUGUUCUUUUACGAUGGUGCCUCAUAGGCUUAUAGGUUAGUGGACAUUCUCAGCACCAUAUACAUCCUCUGCGAUAGCAUUUUUAGUAACCGCAGAGAAUGUAAGGUUCAUUCUGUCAAGGUAAUAAUAAUUAAUUCCAUUGUGCCA